AUGGCGACAACGACGGCGACGACACUUGCGGCCAGCGCCGGCGACGGUUCUUCCCCGCCGUCGCGGUCCACCGUCAUGACCAUCGCGGCGCAGGCUUAUCACCGCAGGAGGCCACACCUGGCAUGUCUCAGCUACUACCCAAACGGAUGCCGCGACAGCAACAAGGACUGCAUCUCCAUCUUCCUCGCGCUUGAGGGCAUCGUCACCGAGGAUCGGAGGACGUGCUGUGCAAGGGGGUUCAAAAACUUCAUUAGGAGAGACGAAUUAGAGCGAUCGGAAUAUCUCAAUGAUGACUACUUUGCCAUUGCUGCCCAUGUAAUCAUCCCAAAGGAAAAGCCAUCUGUCGUCGUACCACCGUCGAACAUGCAUCUGCAUUAUGGUGAUCUCCUCGUAAGCAAAGAAGGCACCGAUGUCAAGUUCCUGGUCGGUGGCGAGAUGUUUGCGGCGCACCGGUUGGUGCUGGCGGCACGGUCACUGGUCUUCAAGGCAGAGCUUUUCGGGCCGACGAAGAAAGGCACCAUAGAUGCGAUACAGAUUGACAACAUGAAAGCACGAGUGUUCAAGGCUCUACUUGGGUUCAUCUACACAGACAUUUGGCCAGAGAUAGGUCAUGGAAAAGACAAUGUAGCUAUGGCUCAACAGUUGCUUGCUGCUGCAGACAGGUAUGGCUUACAGAGGUUAAAGUUUGUCUACGAAGAUAAGUUGUGCAACCACAUUGAUACAUACUCAGUGUCAACCAUGUUGGUGCUAGUGGAGAAGCACCAUUGUUGCAAACUCAAGGAGGCAUGCUCUACGUUCCUUAGUUCCAUGAGCCCUCCUAUUGUUGAAGAUCCAAAUUCCAGCAUAUUUGGUAGUGAAUUGAAGAAGACGGUUUCUUCUUCAGAGAACCAUGGAAGUCAAAUUAACCGUACAGAUAUUAGGAUUCAACUGUGGCAAAAUGCAGAUGUCUAG